GGGGCCCGGCUGUGUCCCGUGGCGGCCCCCGUAGCCGCGCUUGAAGUUGUUUUCUGUUUUGCUGCUGUUGGCGUGGAGGCUGACCAAGAUGGCGGAGCAGCUGGACCGAGUGCGAAUCUCGGCCGCCGAACUUCGAGCGUCCAGUUGUUCACUCGACCAAGAGGACGGUCACCUGCCCAACAAGCACCGGCGGCGUCCCGACUUGCAGCGCUACCAGCGAGUGCCCAGACAGGGACGCCGGCACCGCGACAGCGAGGAGGUGGAAAAUGCGCCGAGCGACCGCCGCGGAACGCCGCCGUCCAGCCCGCGCGAUCCCAAACCGAGGAACGGCAAAAAGAACCUCCCGCCGCACGCCGACGACAGGAUGCGAGGCGACAACGUUCACGCCCCCGACGUCAACAGCGAGGCCGCUCCGGACAAAGACGCGCCGGAAAAGCACGGCGUGAGCCGGGAGCCCGUCGGAGCCAGCAAGCCAAAGAAAGCCCGCAAACCCGACCGGGAAUUUUACCGGCCCGGAAGCCGCCGGGCCACGCCAGGGAAAGACUGCGACGGGGCGCCGGAGCUGGCUACGCCUCCGUCUGGGACUCACGAGCCCGACGCCGGCGAAAGGCAGGCAAAGGGGAAGGACAAAGACGAAAAAGCAAAACCCAAGGAGACCGUUCGCCAGGCAGCGGGAAAAAACACGAUGGAGAAACUGCUGAGCAAAGUGGAAAAACUCAGCGUCAAGGAGAACGCUUUCCGUGAAGACGGCGAGGACGCAGCCGGACGCGGAGGCAAAACCGCGGAUCGGGAAAGACGGAACGACGCGGCGAAGAGGGGGAACGGGCGCAGAAGAGCCGGCGGCGAGGACCAGAAAAGCCAGAAUGUCAUUGCGGGGCCCCGCCAAUGGGAAAAGGAGACAAGCCAGAGCGACAGGGCCCGUCCGUUGGGAGAGACUCACCCAAACAAGGGAAGCGAGCGCACCAGAAGAAGCGGCGACGCCUCCAUCAAGAACGGCGGCGGCGGGGAAGCCGACAGAGCCGCUCCCGCGCGGAGGAGCGGCGAACGUCAAGGCCAGCGCAGCGAGCGCGCCAAAUGGGGCGGCGCCGCCCCCACCUCCAAGCGCUAUUCCAAGUCGGACAUCCGCCGCCCGCGACGUCGCACGUACAGCCGCCCUAGCCGGGACGCCAGCCGGGGGUCUUCGGCCGACUCCGCGGAAGAAGGCGUGACGAGCGACGCGGCGAACGAGGAGCGCGCGCACCGGACGGACCGAGCCGGGGAGGCCCCCAGCGGGUCCAAAGGAGGCAAAGGCAGAAGGCGAGGACCACUCGGGGUCUCCUUGGAGAAGAACCAGGCCGCCUCCGGGGACCCCCACAAACACGGGCCGGCUCCUCGAGGCCGAGGCGGGGGUAUCCUGGUGCUGCCGUCCCGCGGCGACACGGCCAAGCUCCCGGAAUCGGGCCAGCGCACGCUUUUUGGAGGAGCCGCUCCCAGUGCCCGAGGGGGGCGCGGCGGGGGCGCCAGGCGCCUCUGGGACCCCAACAAUCCCGAGCAGAAACCGGCGCUGAACCCCGCCGGUCGGCGCUCGCUCCCGCAGGCGGCGCACGGACAGCUGCACUUUCUGGACACGGACGACGAAGUGGCGGGGAGCCCUCCGGUGUCGCGGCAGCCGCCCGCCGCCUUGGCCUACUACAGGUUCCAGAAGUCGGACAACCCCUACUGCUGCCCGCCGCCCGCCGCCCAGCGCUACCCUUUCCCCUCGGCGCCGCCCCGCCAGGCGGCCAACGGAGCGUACGCGCCCGUUCACUUGUACAGAGGUUACGCCCAGUCGGGCGGCGAGCUGACGGCGGAGGAGGCGGAGCAGCGCACCAGAGGCGACCUGUGCCGCAUGCUGCGGGCGGCCGACUCCCAGGAAGUUCAGCUGGGCAACUUGCUGUCGCGAGAUCGAAUCAGCGCCGACGGACUGGAGCGCAUGGCCCAGCUCAGGGCGGAGCUGCUGGGAGCGUACGAGCGCGUGGUCCUGAGCGACAUCGAGCUGGCCGACUCGCAGAGCGUGGACCAGGCGCUGUGGAAGAACGUCUUCUACCAGGUCAUCGAGCGCUUCCGCCAGCUGCUCAAGGACCCCGCCGCCGCCGCCAACGACAACCCGCCGCUCAUUCGCAACGUGCUGCUCACGCUGCUCGACGAGGGAGCGCACUUCUUUGACGCUCUGCUCCAGAAGCUGCAGACGGUCUACAGGUUCAAACUGGAGAACUACAUGGACGGCAUGGCCAUCAGGGCGCGCCCGCUGCACAAAACGGUGAAGUACGCCCUGAUCAGCGCCCAGCGCUGUCUCAUCUGUCAGGGAGACAUCGCUCGCUACCGGGAACAAGCCAGCGACUCGGCCAACUUUGGAAAGGCCCGCAGCUGGUACUUGAAAGCCCAGCAGAUCGCCCCCAAAAACGGCCGCCCCUACAACCAGCUGGCGCUGCUGGCCGUCUACACCAAGCGCAAGCUGGACGCCGUCUAUUACUACAUGCGCAGCUUGGCGGCCUCCAAUCCCAUCCUGACGGCCAGGGAGAGCCUGAUGAGCCUGUUCGAGGAGGCCAAGCGCAAGACGGAGCAGCUGGAGCGUCGCAGGAGGCAGGACGAGCGGGACGGCGGCUCCCGGGGGCCCGCCGUCCGGGGCCGCGCCGUGCCCGAGGACGGGGCGCGCUCCGAGGUCUGGCUGCGGCCCGGCGGACGCGCCGGGGACCCUGAACAGAACGGCGAGCUCAGCGGGCUCAGCGCCGGCGAGCUCAACAGGCGAUUCAUCCUCAGUUUCCUGCAUGCGCACGGAAAACUCUUCACUAAAGUGGGGAUGGAGUCGUUCCCGAGAGUGUCCCGUCGGGUUGUGCAGGAGUUCCGCGCGCUGCUCCAACACGGCCCGUCCCUCCUGGGCAGUACGCAGCUGCUGCAGAUCGUCACCAUCAACAUGUUCACCGUACACAACGCUCUCACUCGAGGCGGGGGUGUAGUAGAAGAAGAAGGAGGAGGAGGAGGGGGAGGUGAAGAGUGUCGUCCGAUGCUGCAGGAGCAGAGCACGGCCCUGGGCCUGGCCAUGUUUGCACUGAUGGUGGAACGCUGCACGCAGAUGCUCACCGACACUCCCGCAGCCGCCGCGUCCACGUCUGACGUCGAGCGGGAGGACAAAGAGGACGAGCCGGAGGCCCUGCUGAAGGUCUCGCGUUUCCCGGCGGACCUGCGGGAACUCCUCCCGAGCAUCAAGGUUUGGUCCGACUGGAUGCUGGGACACCCGGAGCAGUGGAACCCGCCGCCCUGCAGCAUAGACGACAGCCCGGACGUGUGGCGGUGCCUGGCCCGGCUGUGCAACGUGCUGGCCCGCGUGGACCACGGCGAGGUGCCGCUCUACAAAGUGGACACGGACGAGGUGGAGGGCGACGAGGAGCUGACGGUGCUGCAGCUGAAGGAGGACAGGCUCCUCGCCGGCUUCGUCCCCCUGCUGGCCGCGCCGCAGGAGCCCUGCUACGUCGAUCGGCACACUGACGCGGCCCAAGCCGCCGACUGCAAGCGGGUGACGGUGCUCAAGUACUUCCUGGAGGCGCUGUGCGGACAGGAAGAACCACUGCUGGCCUUCAAGGGCGGCAAAUACGUCUCGGUGGCGCCGGCCCCCCCGGCCCCUCUGAACACCGGCACCAGGCGGGACUCGCUCUCGGACAAAGAGGCCGAUGAUGUCAUCGUGGAGUCACCGCCGUCGGUGUCGGAAGGCGAGGAAAACGACGACGACGACGACGAGGUGGAGGAGGCGGCGGGAGACGGCGAGAGCGACAUCAGACAGCUGAAGGCACGGCGCCACGCCCUCGCCAACAAGCUGGUGCAGCAGCAGAAGCGCCGGCAGAAAAUACAAGCGGUGCUGCAGACGAGCGGGCAGCUGCAGCUGGAGGUGCGACCGGUCUUCCUGGUGCCCGACACCAACGGCUUCAUCGACCACCUGGUGGCGCUCAAGAAGCUCCUCCAAUGUGGAAGCUACAUUGUGGUGGUGCCGCUCAUUGUGAUCACGGAGCUGGACGGCCUGGCGAAAGGCCAGGACGCUUCGGGGGGAGGAGGAGGAGGAGGAGGACACGCGGCGGCGCACGUGCGCGGCGUGCAGGAGAAGGCGCGCCAGGCCGUGCUGUUCCUGGAGCGGGCCUUCGAGGCGCGCGAGCCGCGACUGCGGGCGCUCACCAGCAGGGGGACCCAGCUGGAGUCCAUCGCCUUCCGCAGCGAAGACACCUCAGGACAGCAGGGCAACAACGAUGACGUCAUCCUGUCCUGCUGCCUCCACUACUGCCAGGACAAGGCCGAGGACUUGAUGCCCGACCAGAGAAACGGGGGGACGGUGCGCCUUCAUCGCGAGGUGGUCCUCCUCACGGACGACCGCAACCUUCGCGUCAAAGCGUUGACGCGCAACGUCCCUGUCCGGGAGAUCCCCGCCUUCCUCAGCUGGGCCAAGGUGGGAUGAAGGCACCGACGGCAGCACUUGCGGCGCCACGGACGGGAAGGCGGCCCCCGUCCCAUCCUCCUCAGCCUCCUCUUCCUCGGGAUGACGUGUGUGCGAAUGUGUGCGCCAGGGCACGCCGGGUGGCCGGUGCGGCCAUUUGACGACCAAACGGCGCACUGCGGCGGAGAAGCCCGUGCGCAAGGCGGCGGCCCCGCCCCGCGCUGCGCUCUGGCCUGCCUGCCUGCUAGCUAGCUAGCUAGCGCGCGUGUGCAGGUGUUUCCUGCCUCGAAGGAAGUGCUGACUUCACUCAGAAGGGUUUGAAAAGUGAAGCUGUUGUUUCUGACGCUUGAAAUCCGAACUGCCGCGUUUUGGCAAAGGCUCCGCUUUGCGCGCGUCGACAUUAGAUGGACACCGACGCGACGUUCGGUCUCGGUUUUGAAGAAGACCUGUUUGUUUCCAAAGGGCAAAAGGUGCGAUGCUUUCUCACGACAAAUGUUGAGCUUCGGAUUCCCGAGAUUCAGCGCGCAAAGUGCAUGUUUUUGUUUCAACUUUGCUUCUACAUCUUGCGGUCCAGCUGGAGUGUUGUCGUCUAUUUAUUGGACUCCGGUUUUUGUUUUCGGCCUGUGUGUCGCGGUCGGCGCUGUUGUUCUAUAUUUUAUGGUUGCUAACAUUUACCAAACAGGUCCUGUGUUCCUGAUAUGUCAUUAAAAGCUUCACAAUGAUGAUGGCGAUGCUGUGAUAGAUGAUGGAGGGGCUAUAAAAAAUCUACACACCCCUUCCAAA